UUUUUUUCUGAUACUCAUUUCAGGCUACCGAGAUAAAAGAUAUCAUCAUAAUUGAUGUCAUCGAAGGAUUUUCAGCCCUCUCAAGCUGAUCAAGCAGCUAGUGUAUCAACUGAGGAGAGUAAAGCAAAUCAUAAAGAACAAGAGUCUUAUAGAAACCUGCAAAAGUUGGUUCUUACAUUUGAACAAUUUGAUAGAGAAACAAAUGAGGACACUUGUAGAAACGUGCUAAUAAAUAUUUUUCAAUUUGGAAAAAAAGUAGAAAACUUGAAUAUUGAGGAUAAAAUAAAGAUUGCUAAAGUGUUAGAAAAUAAGGCCAGUUUUCUAUAUAAUUUUCUUUUCAAGUUUGGAUUUAAUUUUGAUCCCACAUACUCACUUUUACUUUUAAAAUAUAGAUCAGCCUUAGAGUUUCUGAUUUCUUAUUAUGGAUCCUUCCCCUUGGAUGAAGAUGAAAAGGCUCUAAAAAGAAUCUUGAUAAAUCUUGAAAAUGAAAUAAAUCCUACAGAUGCUUUGGAUGAAGCUAUACGUUUUCUGAAAGAAAGUCUCUUUCAGACUAUAGAACCUGAGGGAUUUACCUUUGAAAAUUUACAUCUCCCACCACAUGUUUCCAAAAAACAUUCCUGGUGGUAUACUGAUGAGGAUUAGUUAAGUAAAACAUGACUGAAUUCUGCUGUCAAUAUGAAACUAUUUUUAAUGAUUUUCAAGAAUAUUUUAAUACUAUUCAGAAUAUAGGAAGACUUAACUCUAAUUUUGAACUUGAAAUAAAAUCAUUUGAAAGAAGAAACCUAAGGAUUAAUGUGGAGAAAGACUAUAUCAAUCUCUAUAAUCAGCUCAAACUUCAUUCAUUCACAUUUCAUCAAUUGUCUAUAUCUGAAAAGAUAAGUCUUGUUACUUUUUCCAAAGAAUUAGAUGAACAGCGUAAAGAAGAAACAUUUCAGUUUAAAAAUUUCUUAAGUCAAAAACGUUUUCUAACUGUUCAAUCUCUGAAGGAUGUGUUCAGAUUAGUUUUUGUAAUUGAAGUGACUGAAGCAAGGAAUUAUCUUCAAGGUAUUUUAGAUGAAGAUGAAGAAUUGAAACAUAUUUUCAUUAACCUUAAUAUAACAGAUUUUGAAGUGAAAGAGUUGGAAAAUUUUUUCGAUAAUGUGUUAGGCAAAACUUUUUUACCCUUUAGACAGGCUGCAAUUGUAUUUGCGAAAUUGGAAACAUUUAAUAAAGUUGAGGAUUUUAAGGCAGCAUGCCAAUAUGCAGUUCUUAGACUAUCGAAAGAAAAUCCAUUUAUCGAUUCAGAACAAUCUAUACCUGAAAGCAAAUAUGUAUCUAAAUUCAAUAAAAUAUGCUGUGAGGAAUUUAGGACAUUGAAGGCAGAGGAAACUCAACCGAAUAUUAGCAAGAAAGCCCUAAAGUUGCUUGACGCAAAGAAAAGAAGGCAAGCGAUAGGAAAUGCAUUUACUAAGGAUAUGGAAAGACAACAUAAUUAUCUUCAAGACUUUUCUGAACUAAAAAUGUGUAUAGCCGAAAACCCAUUCAGUAGUUUAAAGACAUGCGCAUCUCAUUUCGAGAAACAUGGAAGAAAGAUUUGUCAAAGUCACGGCAAGGAAGAAACGCCACAAAACUAUAUUGACAUCAUGAUAGAAUAUCUUAAUACCAAGCCUUGUUUCGUAUCAUUUACACAAGAAGCAUCAAAAAUUAGAUAUACUUACACUUUUUUAGAUGCCAAAAAUGAGCGAAAGUAUAAGAUAAUCAAAUUAAAACAUUGUGAAACUGGUGCUAUAACUGUAUCAACUUUUCAUGAUAUAACUAACUAAAAAUAUGUAAGUUUUGACUGCUGUGCUCAAAUGUUAUCAAUUAUUUCAAAUAAAUGUAAAUUAUUACUUUUAGUAAUAUUGUAAAUGCAGCAACUGGGAAAAAAAUGUCACUUUAAUUGUAAAAAAGUUUUUGUUUGCCUAAUAGAUAUUUUUUUCUUUUGAUAUCAGUCAUGUAUGCCUCAGUUUGAUUACAAUUGAUACUAAAACUUGAAAAUAAAAUUUUUAAAUAAAUUUGGUCACCAUUUUUAUAUAUAAUAGGUUUAAAUAAUGUGCAAAAUUUGUAAGUGACUAGUUUAAGAGCUGCACUUUAUAUUAGGUACCGGUACCAAAUUCUAGGUCUGCUAAUGAAAGUGCUAAAUUUGUGACUAUUUUAAGAACUACUUAAAAUUGGGUAUUCAGAUGUCAAGUGUCCAUUUGCUGAUGAAUGAAGUGGGAAAAAAUGGUUUAAUACUUAAUAGUUUCUUGCAAAAUUUUUUUAAAGAGAAAUCUUCAGCUGGUUGCAAUGUCUGGCACCUACCUUGUUGAUUACAUUGGCUUGUAAUGUACCAGUAUUGUGGAAGCUGUCAUUGAUGGCCUUGAUUGUUGUUUUUUUUUCUAUUUCUAAAAUUGUAAAUGUGUUAUCAAUUUGCUAGCAGAACUAUAAUUAUUUAGCGUUAGCUAAUGAGAGCUAGAUUGAUUCAUGUGUUUAUUUUUUAUUUUGUUUGAGGAAAGCAAAUACCGGUAUAUUUAUAUUUUUUUAUAUGUUACUCUAAGGCUCAUUUAGUUUCUUAUUCUAUUUGGUUGUUAUAAUAUACAAAAUUCUGUGGGUUCUUUUUUUUUUUUUUUUCAGCUUUCUGCUUUGCCAUUUUUUUAGUGUUAAAUGCAAAAUAAGCUAUUCUAAAAUUAAAAACAAAAAAUUAUUUACAAAAUAAUUUCUGAAAUGUUAGUCAUUUUCAAAUUUUUCUGAAUUUAAAAUCAUUUAGUAACAUUUUUUUUAAAGUUUAUAAUAUAAAAAAUUACUGGUUUUUAAAACAAUGUUAAUAUUUUUGUCUUGAGUAUAAAAGUAAUACUAUGAUUUUGUCUGCAACCCAGCUAAUUGCCUAAUUCAUAAGCUGAAUAGAAUUUUAAUGGUAUACUCUUGUAAUAAUGCAUUAAAUGUACUUGAAAGAAAACCCUGUGACUAUGGUAUAAAAGUUUUCUUUACCUGAUUCUAUCCAAAUCCCUAAUAACUUGUGCAGAUAUCUUGCAUUCUGGAAACAAAGGGAGAGGUCUCUACUCAGUCAUCUCAUGUUUAGAUGAUGAACUAAAGCAGCCAAUGUUAACAUUUGCGAACAAAAAUAAAAUUGUUCUUUUUUUUUCCCUUCUACUGUUUAUUCCAAAUAGCUUUAUUUACUUUUUGAAACAUUUUUUUAAAAUGGUGGAUGUUUUGCUAAACAGUCAGAUCAGAAGAUAUUUAUUUACCUAAUGGAUGGGCAUAGUAUUGUUUAGAUAUAGUAAAAAAAAAAUGUACUUGUCCUAGUAUUGUUCUCUUGUCAUACUAACUACAACACCCACAAACAGUAGAAACAACAAUUUUGUUUUAAUCAGUACCAUCAAUUUGUUUUUUCAUUCUCUGAUUUCUAAAAAUUAGUUUUUCUCAACUGUACAUUCAGUAAAGUUGAAGCUCUGAUGCACUGUCGUGCUCAUGUUUAUGACUUGCUCUAUUGUUAUAUGAACUGUUUUUGUUAGUUAACAUAGGAAACAUUACAUCUCUUGAAAGUAAGAUUAUUUGUGACAAAAACUUAAUCCUAUCACUAGAAUGGUGACCAUCCAAGUAAUUCUCAUUACGGGUACUUCAGUUUUAGGUAAAGCACUCGAAUUUAUGCUGUGUACAAUGUUGCUUUGAAUGAUUUUGUGUUUUUAUUUUAACCAUUAAAAAAAAUAAUUGAAAUUUUAGUUAUAUAUUUGUUUACAUAUAACCUAUUGAAUAAAGGACCUAAAUUCAAUUUGAUAGACAAUAAUUGUGUAUUAAUUAGGAAAAACAUUCCUAUGUUGUUAUUCAAUUAAUUUUCUAUCCAUUCUGCUGGCUGAACCACCACAAUCAUCUCCUUUAAAAUUUAGCAAAUAGUCACAUUAAGUAAAAUGGCUUAAGUAGUUUGACAGUAUAAUAAUUAAAUCUAUUGUAUUUUAAAUACCAGUAUGAGAUGUCUGUCAAUUGUUUACCAUACCAUACCAUCAAAUCCCAUGAAUCAAAAUAAAAAAAUAUAUAUCUA